GUGUCUUAACCAAGUAUUUAGUCUACAGAAUACUCGACGUCAUAAACCACAUCCGCGUCAACCACCGGCGUGAACCCACAAUCGCAACAAUGUCCCCCACCAAGCCCACGAUCCUGAUCGCAACCGACACGCCCACCUUCGACAUCGAGCCCUGGGCCGCAGAAGGCUACAGCAUCCACCUCCUAACGCACGCCACAGUCCGGGGCAUAGAAGACGCCGCCGACGACCUCGAGAGCAACGACAAAUACGGCAUCAUCGCAUUCGGCACCGCCGCCACCGCCGCGCUCCAAUUCGCCAUUCAGCCCUCGCGACAACUCCAAUGCGUAGCAGCCUACUACCCGCCCACCCUCCCACGCACGAACUUCCAGCCGGGCGUGCAAAUCCUUUUGCACCUCCCCUCAGACAGCCCCUUCUCCACGCCUGCCUCGCCCUCUCUACGAAUCCGCCUGUACUCCUCCGCCGCAGGUUUCGCCGACGGCUCCGCGCCCUCCACGUACAACCGUAUUUCCGCGAGCCUCGCCUUCUCUCGCACGCUCGCGCUCCUGCGCGACUGCAUCGGCUCCGUGCCCGGUCCGGGCCGGGACCUGGAGGCGCUGUGGGACGGGCACCUUCUCGCGAAGUUCUCGGACCGCGAUGCGGCCGCGACCACGAGCGCGCUCGCACCCGGUGCUACGGUCCUGCAUGUACCCACGCUCACCGGCGCCUCGGGUGAGCACGGCCUCAAGAGGUUCUACGAUGAGUUUUUUAUUCCCGGCACGCCGCCGAGUUUGAGGAUUACGCUGGUUAGUCGCACUGUGGGUGCCGACAGGAUCGUGGACGAGGUGGUCGUCAGCUUUAGGCAUACGUGUGAGAUCCCCUGGAUGCUCCCGGGUGUGGAGCCGACGGGGAGGGAGGUCGAGGUGCCGCUUGUUACGGUCGUCGCCGUUAGGGCUGGCAGGCUGGUUAGGGAACAUGUCUAUUGGGAUCAGGCGAGUGUGUUAGUCCAGGUUGGACUGCUGGAGAGGGGCACGCUGCCGGUCGUGGGCGCGGAGGCGGCGAGAAAGGUGCUCGAUGAGAGGGUAGUCGAGGGGAAUAAGCUCAUCAAGGAGUGGUAGCGGUUGUUUUCACCGGGUAUCCGAGUUAUCAUUACCGUGUAAAACUAGGUAGACGCAUGCAUAUAUACACAAUCCAAUG